AUGCGUUUCUAUUGUCAAUGCCUUAAUGUAACUAUUGAUAUAUUAGAAAUCGAUGAUAAUCAAGAAACAAAGAAACAUUUUUUUGCUACUGAUUUAAUACGAUUUAUUAAUCUACCUCAUGAAUGGUUUCAAUGUAAUAUGUCAUCGGAAUUAACGAUAAAUAUUGCAUGGCAAAGUUUAUUUCAAUCAAUAUCUGUACGUGAUAUGAAAUUAAACCGGUGCUUAGUUUGUAAUCAAUAUACACAUGCAACAAAUAUUGAUACAAAUAAAAUAUUGAUCAAUAAAGAUCUUCUUAAUGAUAAAGCAGUUAAAAAAAUUUAUCUUGAUCCAAAUUAUUCAACAAUAACUAAAAUUGUUUUACCAAAUAGAAUAAGUAGUUUACCAAUAACAGGUUUUUUAGGUUUGCAAGAUGAUAUUUUUCAACGUGAAUGUGAAUUAGUGCGACAACUUUAUCGUCAAUCAAUUGAUGAUGCUGAUCGAGAAACAGAAGAAAACAUUCAACUGUAUCAACAUGAACAAGAACAAAUUUUAGAUACAAAAACAGAGGCAAUCUAUAAAGAACUUGAUACAUUUUUGAGUUUCAUGCGAACAAUACCUCGACAUGUUGUAUCAAGUAAUAAAACAUCUCCAAUAUUACAAUCAUCAAAUUCUUAUAUUAAUGAAAAUAGUAUGGAAUCAGGUUUUGGUUCGGAUAUAUUUGAUGCUAAUGGACCAGAUUUAAGUCGACAAUCAUCAGCAAUCGAACGAACAUUUUCUGAACGUACUAAUUGGUUUUCUGGUAAAGAAAGUUUAUCGAAUUUUUCUACAUCAUUACCAAAAGAUAUUGCAUUUCAUCCUUAUACAAUUCCCCAACAAAAAAAUGAUGAUGAUAGUAAUGAUCUUGAACGUAUUGGUAAAUCAUUUCGUGAAUUAAGUCAGUCAUUAAUGUGUACAGAUGGUACAGAAGUUUUUGGUGAUUUACCUUCACCAAGACUUAAUGCUCGACAAACGUGA